AUGCCUGGAAAUGCUGAGGAUGAGCAAGGCAGUGGGGCAGCUGUGCUGUUGAAUCUGGACGAGGUGCAGAUGUCCCAGGUGCUGUGCGAGCGUGGUGCAGGUGGUGAUGAUGAUGCAUCUGCAAGAGAUUCCCAUCUGCUUGGAACGGGAGUCCGGUCGUGUCCCUGCUCCUCAAUGCGGGCCCUUUCUCCUCCCCCCCAGAUCACUUUCUACGAAGGCAAAUGCUUCACAGGCAGGAAGCUGGAUGUCUGUGGCAGCUGCAACAGCUUCCAAGACCAAGGAUUCCUCAACAGGGUCAACUCCAUCUGCGUCCAGAGCGGAGCCUGGGUCUGCUUUGACCACCCCGACUUCCGAGGGCAGCAGUACAUCCUGGAGCACGGCGAGUACCCCGACUUCUACCGCUGGAACGGGCGCAGCGACCACCUGGGCUCCUGCCGGCCCAUCGGGAUGCACGGCGAGCAUUACAGAAUUGAAAUAUUCGAGGGGAGCCAUUUUAGGGGUCCCAGCCUGGAGCUGACAGAAGAUUGCUCCUUCCUGCAGGGACAGGGCUGGGACAAGACCUGCAUCAAUGCCCUCAAAGUGUACGGCGACGGCGCGUGGGUGCUGUACGAGGAGCCCAACUACCGAGGCCGCAUGUACGUGGUGGAGCGCGGCGAGUUCAGCAGCUUCAAUGAGUGGCAGGCGCGCAGUGCCAGCGUCCAGUCCAUCCGCAGAGUCAUCAACUACUUCUAGCUGGGCUUCCACCCUGCCAGCCAUGGCCUGCUGAGACUGGGCAUCACCCUCCUCCCCACUCACCAAC